AUGGGAAACGAUCGUUGUUUUGUUAAAGCUCAAGAUUUACCAUUUCGUUUAAUUGAAGUUCCAACUGGUUCAGCACCUCCACCACCAUCACCACCUAUUCGACGAUCGCAUAAACGUCACGCUCCACCAAAUCCUCCACCACGUGUUCAAGGAUAUGACGCACCUCCAUCGCUUCGUCCUCCUUCAGUUAUACGAAAACGUUAUGAUGAACCUCCACCACCACAAUUACCUCAAAGAUUUGAUCUCGAUCAAUCAAAUUCAAAUAAAAUAAAUUCAUCAAAUAAAAAAAUUCAUAAACGAAAAUUAACAUGUUGUGUUAUAUCUUAA